AUGUUUGUUACUAGCAUACUGCUUAGUAUCAUAUAUAUGAUUUCCAACAGUAAUAAUGGUGGGGCAAAAGAAAAAAAAAAGCGUGGUAGACCGAGAAGACAUCAACCUGUUGAGCAGCAGCCUGGACUGAUCAAUGAUGACGAAAAUGAUACUUAUACUCCUGAACCACAGAUCCCACCUGCACCGUAUAAAAAGAAGGUAGGGCGUGGAGGCGCAAGACGCGGGCCAGCCUGGGAGAAAAGGAAGGCCGAGAGAGAGAACGACGCGCGUUCUUCCAAUCACAAGAGUCAAGAUGACCAGCCGGGCAGUGAGAGUAACCCGAUCGGAAUAGAAGACGGCUCAGAUAAUGAAACUGUGGUGUAUAGGCAAUCAGACAACCAGGAAGAAGAUGUUAAGAUGGAAGAUGUGCAAUGA